AUGAGAAGACAAAGCACGAUAAGUACACCAGCAAGAGGUGUGAGGCCAGUUAGGAAAGAUGCAUUUCCAUAUUUAGAUACACGUGAGAUAACAUCGUGCUUGUUGGAGUGCGAUUUCAAUGUCACCUUAGAGCUUGUUGCAAAACCAACCAGCGACUUCAUAAUCAGAUUGUAUACACACUUCCUUGAAACAUUCAUGGGUAUUGACGAUCUAGAAGAGAGAGCGAGGGAGCAAACACGAAGAAGAUUGGCAGUCCUCAAGAGUAGGGACGAGGAUGCGUCUGAGGAAACGGCUGAGCAAAAUGGUGGAGCACAGAUAGAGGAGUUUGACAUUGAACCAACACCAACAGACAUGAUCGUCACAUUAUUUAGGUGCUGUCGAAAGUUUUUCCAAAAUAUAGGAGUUGCUGAUCUCACACUCUUAGAUUUGACACGUCCAGAAGCAUUGAGUACGAAGAGAUUGCUAAGUGCGGUUGUCAACUAUCUACGGUUCCGAGAAAACAUAUCUUCUGAGUACGAGGGCUUGGCCGAGGAAGCCGAUGCUACAACAACUCGAAUUCAGCAAUUGCAAGAGGAGAAUGAAGCACGUGUUACACAGAUAAAUGACUUGCAAAGGAAGUUGAGAUAUGAAGAUGAUGGACGCAGUGAUGUACCUAGACACGAGAUACAGCAUGUUUAUAAUUACAACAGGAAGUUGGAGUCGAAACUUCGCCAGCUAAAGUCAACACAAGAAAAGUUGACCAGGCAGCAUGAUGACUACAAAAAUGAGAAGAGAUCGCUUGCUAAAGAACUUUACGAUAUUGGUUUCCUCUGCGACGAAACCACUGGUGAGAUUGAAAAUUUAAAGAGUUUCAAAGAGAUUGACAUUGGCCAAUUGACUACCAUUGUAAGCGACUUAGACAAGGAAGCUGAGGGGUUGAUCAGGACUUGUACAACCUUUGAGAAACAAUAUAAAAACUUGGGCCAAACUCUUACUUCUUUACAGGUGAAUGAAUUAAGCAUCAACAAUUUGAUUAGAGUAGCCGAGGAAAUCUCAAAGCUGUUGACAAAAGAUGAGAGUGACGCUUACAAUAUACGCCAGCAUAGUGAUAAAUUGCAAAAUAUUACCCGAGAGUCUAACGACUUGGCGAAACAAAUCCAAACGAGAUCCGAUCAGUUGGCCAAAUAUGAAAAGAAGUACCGUGAUUUAGAAGAUCAGUAUGCAAAAAAGCAUGAAACGUUGAACAAAAAGUUGAAAGAAACAAACGAAGCGUUGGAUGAGGUAAUGCGGCUUGAAUCAGAACGUAACGACGAGAACUCGCGAACAAAUAAGUUGAUAGUGAAAAUUAGACAAGAAACCCAUGAUAUUGUCAGCAACUUUGAAAAAGAUGUCAAAUCAAGAGAGGCGCAAUUGAAUCAAUUGCAAAAUAUACUAACAUCUUAUAUGGAACGUUUGUCAAAGACUUUCUCUAGCAAGUAUUGA